AUGCUGCAGGACGCUGUGCAUUCUUCAGGGUCGCUGCCUCUGGAAGUGCAGCUUGCGGGGAUGUUCAGCCGCGGUGGUCUUUUGGAAGACGCCCGCCUGGGAGGCAUGCACGUUGGCAGACUCAUGGCUAAAAUCACCGCAAGCUUUGAGAGUCUCAAAGAACACCAGGCCGAUGAAAUCGCAGCGCUUAAGAGAGGCUUUCGACUGGAGAUUGAGAAGCUCCUCGGUGACAUUCCAGGGGACAGAAAGGAGACAGGACAGGAUGUAGCGGGUUUUUGGCAUGAUGAGUUGGAGACGCGAAGAAGCCACGAGGGAUCUGAUCCGUCAUCAAACACAGAGGAGUCUUCAGAACAAGCCAUCACUACCAAUUGCACAGAGACAGUUUGUUUGCAGAACAACGAGAUCAGCGAGUGGGAUCCGCAGGACUGCACGGAGCUUGCGAUGGUCUGUUCAGAUCCACCCGCUGAGCACCGAACGAUGCAAGGAGUUGACAGGUCGCCCCCCUUCCCAGCCCCCCUCGCCGGCACCUGCAAGCGCGCCUGGGACAGCAUGGAGAUGCUUCAGCGCACACACGGUUCGCACUGCCACGUGGAUCAGCCUGUGAGUGGAGACCUGCCUGGGUGGGGCCAGGGCCUGUUGUCCCCCGCCAGCGUGCUCCCGACGGCCUCCUUCUCCGAGCAGUCCGGCAUGUCAUCGGAGUGGGGGGCCGAGGCGCGAGACACCGCGGGCAGCAGCGCGUGGGGCCCGCGGUCGGAGGAGGCGGACCGCGAGAGCGAGCGGCUCAACCUGGCGCUGCAGCCGGAACAGCGGAUCGACGACAGCCAGGACGCGCCCUGGCGGAAGGAAGCCGCGGAGGCCAAGCGCAGGUUCGAGGACAGCCUCGCGCAGAGCUGGGCGCCGGAGCAGGCCGCCAAGCCUGGUGUCCCAGAUUACUCUGCCACUCACGAGCCGCAAACAACCACGCGGAACGCCCGGCCUUGGCUGCUCGCCUUCACCCCCGACCCCAAGCCCCUUCACGGCCGCCGUCGUCAUCCCGGCCACUGCUCCUUCCCCCGCGGCCAAGCGCGUCCGGCGCAGCCAGAGUCCCUUCCGCGACUACCCCAGCCCCGCGCCCGAGCAGAAGCUUCCCCCGCGGCGGCCACGCCUCUGUUCCCGAGCAUAAAGCGCGCGCGCACCAAGCGGCUCGUGGCGGCCGUCCAAGUGGCGGUCCUCGCACUCCCCUGCCCUUUCCCUCCCACCGCCGCCGAGCAGCGCCUGCCGCCCCCGCAGCCGCCCGUCGCCGCCGAUCACGGACAGCCGCUGACGUCACCGGCUGCUCCGGCCUCCCCCCGGUCGCCGGCCCCUUCCUCGCUGAGCCCGAGCGCGUUGCUGGCGGACGAGACGGUGCACAAGUACCAGGCGUUCUGCAAGCCCAAGUCGGGGACGGAGGGGGCCAACUUCGAGGGGACGCUGUGCGUGAUGCGCAGCAAGAGGGCCAUCGUCAUCUGCGCCUGCCGAGACUGCGUGGAGACGCAUGGCGCGGCGGGUCGCGGUCUGUCUCCGGUGGAGUUCGAGGCCCACGCGGGGCGGCUGCACCACAAGAAGUGGCGCCAGAGCAUCUGGGUGCGCCUCCCCGCCGCGGGCGGCCCCCGCGAGACGACCGUGGAGCAGUGCCGCGCGCUGCAGGGGGGCAAGCACCUCGUCUCCGUGCCGGCCGCGCCAGACGCGCCGCCCGUCAGGACCAGCUCGCAAGCGCCCGGCCGACUGCGGCACAGCGGGAGUUCCGGGGUAUCACGGUGCACUACUACGCGGAACUCGGCGAGCACUUUCCACAAGGCGGAGGAAGGACCUUCCAAAGAGUAA